GAAGCCGCCAGCAGACGGGAAGAGGGGAAGGUGGAGACGGGAAGCGGCGAGGCGGCGCGCGUCGCGGCUCUGCGAGCCGAGCGCGAGGCCGCCGAGCGAGCAGCCGAUGAGAAAUUCCGGCAGGAGCAGCAGCUGCGCAAGGCGUCGCCUCCCGAGAAGCAGACGCCGAUGAGCCAGAAGGCGCCGGCAGCCGCCCCCGCCACGCCGGCGGCGCCCUCGUUCAGCAUGCCCAGCACGGACUUCAAGGUGCCCGAUUUCAAGGUCCCUGCGAUGCCGAGCACGGACUUUAAAGUGCCGGACUUCAAGGUGCCGGACCUGAAGGUCCCUGCGAUGCCCAGCACGGACUUCAAGGUGCCGGACCUGAAGGUCCCUGCGAUGCCCAGCACGGACUUCAAGGUGCCCUCCUUUUCGAUGCCCGCCAUGCCCGACCUCAAGCUGCCCGACGCGCCAGAGAUGAAGCCGCCGCCAGCGGCCGACAAGGCGGCCGACGACGCGGCGGCCAAGGCGGCCGCCGUCAAAGCAAAGGCGAAGGAGGCGGAGGAGGCAAAGGCGGUGAAGGACGCGGCUGCGCAGCGGGCGGCGGCGGACAAGGCAAAGGCGGCAGAGGAGGCCAAGGCUGCGGCGGCGAAGCAGCGGGCGGCGCGCGAGGAGGAGCUGCGGGCGGCGGCUGCGGCGAGCGGCGACGGCGCGUCGGAGGAGGUGCAGCGCAUUCUCGCGUCCGCAAAGGCCGAGUCGGAGCAGGUUGUCGCCGACGCCUCCGCCGCCGGCCGGCAGCUCACCUCGGCGGCCAAGGCCGAGGCGGGCGCGCUGACCUCGGAGGCGGCCAGCAAGGCGUCUGCGAUCCGGUCGCAGGCCGAGGGCGUCGCGUCUGCCGCGCGGCGCGAGGCGAGCGGUGCAAAGUCGGAGCUGAGCAGCUUGCGGUCGGAGAUCGCGUCGCUCGAGCAGCGCGGCGCCGCGACGCAGGCGCCGUUUGCCGCGCCACCCCGCCCCUCCUCUGCGCCCCCGCUCUUCCCACGGCAGACGCCGCGCGCCGAGUACGACAAGACAUUCUUCCUCAACUUUGGCACGCGAGGCGAGCUGAAGGACGAGGUCAAGCGCCUCAAGGACGACGCGGCGAGGGCCACCAAGAAGGCGGACAAGGCGGCAAAGGCAGUCGACAAGACUGCGGGCGAUCUAGAGAAGGCCGAGGCGAGCGCCGCAAAGGCGGGCGAGCAGGCAGCCAAGAUCGAGGCGGACGCGGCGGCCAAGGCGGCCAAGGUGACGGCCGAGGCGGAAAAGCAGGCGGCGGCGCUCAGCAAAAAGGCGGAGGGCGAGGCGGCCAAGGUGCUCAAGUCGGCCGAGUCCAAGGCCAAGGCAGCAGCGAAGGCGGCAUCGAGCAGCGGCUCGGUGCUCCCUGGAGCGGCGGUGGGUGGCGCGUCAAAGAUAGUAAAGCCCUGACCGGCUCCGUCGUCCUCGAACUGGGGAGGAGCUGUGCUGUGCUGCCUGAUGGAGGCUAUUCGUGGGUACAGUGGGCCAUCGCCGCGGCCGAGCGGAGCUCUUGGGCCGCUUCUUGCGCCAUGUCUCUGAGCGAGCCGGAGGGAGGCGGGGGUGUUCGCAUGAACGCGCAGAGGAUGUGCAGCGCGCAUUGGGGUUGAGAUGUGGCGACUUUCGUAGAGCCGUGUAUUGUGCGCACCCGGCAGAGUGGUGUCAGUGUCGAUCAUCCAUGGCAUGACGAGUUACAAAA